AUCAAAUCUAAACCAUAAAACAAUAAUUUUAUGUCUUAUUUGAACAUUAGGUCCGUUCAUAAUUCAAUUCCUGAUCUUAAGCAUCGGCUUCGGUCUGCCCUUCCUAUUGCUGAUGAUGUCUUUGGGCCAGUAUUUAGGCUCAGGUUUUUAUGACAUGUGGUUUAUAAGUCCGGCGUUUAAAGGAAUUGGAGCGGCGUUUCUGUUGACAUACAUUAGUUACGGUCUCUACAGCUCUGUUCCCAUCGCUUGGCUUUUCGUCUAUUUUCGGGACGCAUUUGUGGCCACAAGUGAUUCCGCCUAUAAGUGGUCCUAUUGUAACACCAGAAUCGCCACAAACAGUUCAGUCAAUUCAUUUUAUUUCAAUGUUUAAAUCG